AUGGGCGUCCGAUUCCGCAAUGCUACGCCAGGGACGCUCCUCAUGCUCGCCGUGACUGGUCUUCUGGCUGUAGUGUCUUUCAACACGCCCUUGUUAAAGUCACUUUACUUUCUUCACGCGACGUAUAGCUCUGGAGAAUACAGUGGUCAAAUGUACCUUGGCACCAUGGGAUAUUGCUUGGAUUACCAAGGGACCCAGACUUGUGAGGGUCCAACCAUAGGCUACGAGUUCAAUCCCAAUGAGCUUUUUGGUAUCUCCCUCUUCGACAUCCCUACAACCAUCACCAAAUACCUCACUUACACCCUCGUACUCCAUCUCGUGGCUCUCGCCGCUGCCGCCGGGUCAUUCGUCUUUGGUCUCCUAUCACAUAUCGGGACCAUGGGUGUCUGGUGUUUCCCAACUUGCCUAGCAUCCAUCGCAUCGUCCACUGCGCUCAUUGCACUCGUGUUCGAUCUUGUGAUCUUCUACAUCGCCAAAGCGAGAAUUGACGAUGUCAACGGCGCCAGUGCAAACAUCGGUAUCUGUGUCUGGCUCGUCCUCGCAGCUUGGUUAUUGGCAGGGUUUGGUGGUUGCGCCUUUGGACUCGGAAAUUGUUGUCUGUCUCGUCGGAACAAUCGAAAUUCUGGAGAUCCAAAGAUGGAUUAUUAUUCCAACUCGUUCAAUCGGUCUGACGAUAUGCGUCUUCAGGCGUUAAGAGACGAACAAUUGCGCAAGAAGGAACAGGGUCUACCGAGCUUCCAAGAGUUGGAGCGGACGCCGUUGACUGGGACGGGUGGAAACGAUGCAGAGGACAAAUAUCUGUACGAAGAGCAACCUAUCCCUCGAUCUCGAUCCACUGGGUCUGGCUUGGCCAGAGACGGUAGUGUGCUGCAGGGCGUAGGGUUGGGCUACGGUAGACGAAUGCCUGGAGGAGCGGGAGCCGCUGAAGCCUACCCUCAAGGAACGUUUGGGAAUGGUUAUGGCGGCUACGAAACGUUGCAGCAACCUCCUAGCUUGGCGAGAAGAAUAUCCAACUCAUCCGGCGUGACUGCUGGGAACGCUGGAGUCGGCGCUGGAGGUCAAGGUGUGGAGGCACCGGAAGUGCCUCAGAAUCAAAGUGGAGGAUAUGGAGGCUACUAUGGGCAGAAUCAUAAUUACUACGAGACUUAUAACGAUCCGUACCAGCAAAGGCCUCAGCAAGGAUCCUACGAGUAUGGUCAUGAUGGAUACAAUCCCAAUGGACAGCAACAACAGUAUGAUCAGCAUUACGGCACUGCUUCCAACAACCCUCAUGAUCCAAAUCACUCCUCCUACGACCGCAAUGUUCAAGGCUAUGAACCCCAGUAUGGAACUGCCAUGACUGGGUCCACGAUGGAAAUGCCAAUGCCGAGUCCGAAACACGCGUCGUCCAAUUCAAACACUCUCGCAGCAGGUGCUGCUGGCGGCGGGCGAUACGUAUCAAAUCCAGGUUCUAGCGAAUCCCACUAUCCAGACGUUGGACCUUCCGUCUCACAUGCCGCAGAUCCAUACGGAGGCUACGAUGAUGGACUCGGCGCGAUUGGUAUGGCCGCGACCUCUCCGAGUUUGAACAAUCCUCAUCAAUCGUAUGAUCGAGCCGGGCCAAGCAGAGGUGGUAGCGGUGGAGCAGCGUACGAUAACCCGCAGAUUCAGGUUCCUCAACCUCAACAUUUGACUUCUUCUUCCCAAAGUCAAAACAACAUUCUUCAUUCACCGGUAUCUCCCGGACCCGUAGGACCGGGACAUUAUGGUCCAAACGAUUACAGAACUCAAGACCAUGAGAGCGAUGAUGCUGGGGACGUAGACGCUAUGGGCAACAGACCACCGUCGUACGGUCAGAUCGCAGGUGCCCCGAAUACGAGUUGGAAUACAACGUCGAGAAAUGAAAAGUCCGGAUAUAGGUGA